AUGUCUCAUGCUUCAAAGCGAAGGCGCUGCGUGCUUGAGGAAGGCAGUGAGACCCAAAGUGUUCUUGCAGUUGUGGAAGAGGAUACGUCCUCAUCCUCCACCUGCUCCUCCUCAUUUCCUUCCUCCUCUUCCUCUUCCUCUUCUUCUUUCUAUCCUCUGAUCUUGAGCUCCCCAGAGGAGGAGCUUAAUGUUAUUCCUGGGCCCCUGGGUCCUUCCCAGGAUCCUUCCCAGGGUCUUUCCCAGGAUCCUUCCCAGGGUCUUUCCCAGGAUCCUUCCCAGGGUCCUUCACAGAACCCUCCGAGUUCCUUUCUCUCUCCCACUGCUGUUGCCUCUCCAAUGAGCCAAUCCGAGGAUGGCUCCAGCAGCCAAAAAGAGGAGAGUCUGAGCGCCUCUCAGGCUCUGCCAAAUGCUGAGUCCCUGCCCAGAAAUGUGAUUAAUGACAAGGUGGCUGAUCUGGUAGAGUUUCUGCUCCUCAAGUAUCGCACUAAGGAGCUGACCACAAAGGCGGAAAUGCUGAAUGUCGUCAUCAAAGAUUACCAGGAUCACUUCCCUGAGAUCUUCAGAGAAGCCUCGGAGUGCCUGCAGCUGGCGUUUGGCGUGGAUGUGAAGGAAGUGGACCCCAGCGACGACUCCUAUGUCCUGGUCACUAGCCUGGGCCUCACCUGCGAUGGGAUGAUGAGCGAUGGGGAGACCAUGCCCAAGAACGGUAUUCUGAUAGUUAUCCUGAGCAUGAUCUUUAUGGAGGGUGACUGUGUCUCUGAGGAGAAGGUGUGGGAAGUACUGAAUGUGAUGGGGGUAUAUGAUGGGACAGAUCACUUUAUCUAUGGGGAGCCCAGGGAGCUUAUUACCAGAGUGCUGGUGCAGGAGCAGUACUUCGAGUACCGACAGGUGCCCAACAGUGAUCCUGCCCGCUAUGAGUUUCUGUGGGGUCCCCGGGCCCACGCGGAGAUCUGCAAGAUGACUCUCCUGGAGUUUUUGGCUAAGAUCAGUGGAAGUGACCCUAGAGCCUUCCCUCUGUGGUAUGAGGAGGCGCUGAGACAGCAGGAAGAGAGAGCCCAAUCUGGAAUUACCACCACGGAUGAUACUAGUGCCAUGGCCAGUGAAAGUUCUAGUGCCCCAUCUAGCAGCUUCUGCCCUGAGUGA